CUUUUGGAUUUUUGUUCUGCGGAGUUUCACAGCGACAUCAAGUCUUUGAUUGAGCAAUUCUGUUGACUGAUAGUUGUUCAAAAUGCGUCAACUCACUGAGGAAGAGACCAAGACGCUCUUCGCGAAGCUCGCGAACUAUACCGGACGUUCUCUGAACAACCUCAUCGCUCCUCCCUCCGACGAAUCGAGUGACCGGUUUGUCUUCCGUCUGCAUGGCAGUCGUGUCUACUAUAUUCGCCUCAGCCUUUGCAAUUUGGCUACUAGCAUUCCCCGUGCGAACCUCCUCUCGCUAGGCAUCUGCGUUGGCAAGUUCACCAAGACCGGCAAGUUCAGAAUCCAUGUCACCGCAUUGGAUGUGAUUGCGCCCCAUGCGAGAUACAAGGUGUGGAUCAAGCAGAACGGAGAGAUGCCUUUCCUGUACGGUGGAAAUGUUGUCAAGGCCCAUAUCGGAAGAUGGAGUGAGGACUGCCCGGAGCACCAGGGAGUCGUUGUGUUUAGCAUGGAUGACACACCUCUGGGUUUCGGAGUGACUGCUCGGUCGACUGCAGAGACACGAAAACUCGACCCGACUGCCAUCACAGUAUUUAGACAAGCGGAUAUAGGAGAGUACCUGAGAGAGGAAGAUACCCUCUUUACGACCUAA